AUGCCUUCUUACCUCCUUGCAGGAACGCAUUUUGUAGAGUCUCGGUUUUUGAAUGUUCCCGACGCGCCCAACACCAAUCUCCCCCUGCUUCACUCGCCACCGAUCAGCCCCGUAAUCAAUUCAAAGCCGCCUAUCACAUAUUUGGAUGGUUUCUUCUCAAAUAACUUUUCUCUACCACCACCACCACCACCACCACUGCAGCCAUUACCGCCGCCGGAGCCUACAUCUUUUGAUUUGGUUCGGCUAUCCGAUCAUCUGAUUUCUAACAUUUUGCACCAACAACUAGCUUCAACUUUUAUCAAAGAGAGGAUUACAACACCUAAUUUAACUUCCGUAGAGGAACCGGAAAUCUGGGAUUUAAAAAAGAAGAAUCGAGAGGAUGUCAAGCUCCAUCCCUACGCAUGCAAAGAUGGUGUCGAAUUAUUUAACUGUCCCCUUUGUGCCACUGCCGACAUCACGACAAGAGCUGAACUCACCACUCAUUUGCAGCAGCACCAAAAUAAUCAACGUCGAGAGGACGGCAAGCAUGUGUGUUGCUUCUGUGCCAGCGAGUUGAGCUCGAACAGCUCCCUUGAACGGCAUCUCUUAACCCACACAAUAAUUAAAUUUUCUGCGUGUCCUUUAGAUGUGAGCAAAACAUGGUGGCGGCCGCAAAUGGAUUUGCGUGAUCUUCUCAUCAAACGCCGCCGGCGCUUCUUAAGGCACAUAAGACUGUUGCGAGAGAAAAGCUUGAAUACUUCAGCGGAGGAGGCUCUGGACUUGUCAAUAAAGCACGAACUACCUUUACCACCUCAAGCUCCACCAUCGCAUCCUCCUCCUCCUCCUCCCCUCCCUCCGCCUCCCCCAUUAUCACCACCAGCAGCACCUCCUACGCCAUCGGAAAUAAUUUCAGCUCCAACAAUUGGACUUGAUGGGAUCUCUUCACUUCUUCAAUUUCUGAUGAUGAAAACAACGGCUCUUGCAACGUAUCCUCUGAUUUCACCAUCGUUGCAACCACCGCCACCUUCAUUGCCAGUGCAGCCAGCUUUGCCGAAAAUUGUGAUUCAACAUGUGAUGAAUCGGAAAAAGAACUCCUACAAAGACGCGCCCAAACUAAUUACCUGUCCGGUGGAUGGAUGCAAUCAGAAGUUUCCAUGGAACAGUUCGCUGAAGCGUCAUAUUCUUACACACACUCCCCACAAGCCCUUCUCCUGUACGCGCUGUACUAAAUCUUUCUCUACCAAAUCCAAUCGCGAGCGUCACAUGGAGCGAGUGCAUCGAGUAAGUCUUAAGCGGCAGCGCACUACAAUUCUCUCAUCUACGAGAACACCAGCAUCAGGAUCGGGGUCGGAAGCAGUGGUGACAGUGGAAAGGGGUGCUGAGGAGUACCUGCGUGAUGAGGAGAUCGCCUCAAUGCGCGGCAACGAUCGCCAGGCAGAAGAUAUCAGCAACAGUCUCCUCCGCUCCGCCGGCAGCCCCGUAGUGGAGCCAAAUCCUGAACGUCUAGCUCUUCGUCUGCGUCCGCUGCCUGUCUCUCUACACUCACCCCUGACAGUGAGUGAUGGAGGGGGACAGAGUGGGUGUGGAGUGGUGGCGAUGGCGUGUCCAGUUUGCGGUAGGACCUUUGGACAGGCGCCAAGCCUUCGACGUCACCUCAAAACACACUUAACAGGAUGA